UUAAAACUAACGGGGGGUAAAGUUACCGCCCGUUAAAUGGGGUGCACAAAAUCGCACUCGUUUGCCCCAUCAUCUGAGUUCCCAAGGCGGCGAACAUAAAUGUUGACUUUUAGUCAACGACGACCACUGAGCUCAACCCCUCUCUUUCACUCCAGCUUCCUCUUUCUCUCUCUGUAUGUUUGCAUCCAUCUCUCUCUCUCUCUCUCUCUCUCUAUAUAUAUAUAUUUAUACACACACAAUAUAUGUGUGGAUUAUUAUCAGAAAAAUCAGUUCACAUCUUUGAGUGAGGGAGAUAGAUAGAGAGAAAUAAUGAGAGAGAGAGGGGGCGAAGAGAACUUGGAGCAGAUUCUGCACGAGGCGGCUCUUGAAAAUGACACGGAUUCGUUGGAUCGAUUGCUUGAGAAAGAUCCAAUGAUCCUCCGGCGAGUAAAGGUGGGUUGUUUCGACCACACGGCCCUCCAUGUGGCGGCAUUCGAGGGGAACCUGAAAUUUGUCGAAAAGCUGCUGGAGAAAAACGUGGCACUGGCGGGGGUGCUGGAUUCGCGGCGGUGGUCGGCGCUCCACCUGGCGGCGGCGCGGGGAAACUGCGAUGUCGUCAAAGCAUUAGUGCAAGAGAACCCCGACAUGUGCUUGACUCUGGACGGCGACGGCAGGAACCCGCUUCAUCUGGCGGCGAUGAAGGGCUAUUAUCGUGUGUUGGACGAGUUCUUUCAAGCAAAUCCCCACUGGAUUCAUGAGCUGCUCAAAGCUAAAGACGCCGGCGGCAACACCAUCUUUCAUCUGGCCAUUAAGAACAAGAAAUUUGAGGCCAUGAAAUUCUUGAUUAAGAAAGCGAGGGAUGUAAUGAGAGAGAAGGACAUACAGAAGUCUGACAACCCGUUAAACAUGAUAAACGAAUGUGGGUACACAUCCCUGGACAUUCUACAGGAAAUCAAAGGUGACGUACAUGAAUAUGAAAGUGUCAAGGAGUUGUUUCGACAAGCUGAUGCCUUGAAAGCCAAACAAGUCAAUCAGAUUGAGUGGCUGUCCAAGAAGCAGGACGUGUUGAUGGUGGUGGCGUCGCUUAUCGCAACCAUGGCUUUCCAAGCCGGGGUGAGCCCUCCUGGUGGUGUCUGGCAAGACAAUUUACCCGCCAAUUCGACAAGCCCCCAUAGAGCUGGAGAAGCUGUGAUGGCUUAUAACUACCCAGAUUCAUAUCCAUUGUUCCUUCAUGCCAACACAAUAGGAUUUGUGGCAUCAGUAAGCAUAAUUCUAUUUCUAGUGACCGGAUUGCCCUUCAAGAAAAAGUUGUUUAUGUGGAUCAUGGUGGUGAUCAUGUGGCUCACGGUUACAUCCAUGGCAUUUACAUACGCAUUUUCAAUCACCGUUAUCACCCCGAAAAAGGACAGGGGACCUCUCAGCAAUGCCAUUUCUAUCGGGGUGAUAGUUUGGUGUGGGGUGAUGGCUGUUCUUCUGGUAGCCCACACCAUUCGCUUGCUGAACAGGUGGUUGAAGGAGAACCGGCAUAUAGAUGUAUGGUCACUGAUGAAGAAGUUGUACAAGAAAUUGAUCUCACCUUCAAGUAACCAACCCCUAUCAACUUCACCUAAAGGGAAUGAGUCCCAAGCCGCUCCAGCUACAGGGAACGGAAACCCAGUUUGAUCUUUAAUUAGCUUUAUCCGUGAGUUUGAAUUAGUGAAACGAAGAUGGUAUAAUUGAUGGAAUGAGCAGAGUUGUGUUAAUUGUAUUGCCUUCUGAUUCCUAUUUUGGAAAUUGAAUAAUUUCUUUGAACUCCAAUCACGUUACAUAUGUUGUUCUAUUUUUCAGGAAUUUGGUGUGUGGCUGCAGUAAG